AUGAAGACCAUGCUCUCUGUUGCUCUCCUCUGUGUGACCCUCUGUCUGGUCACUGAGGCUGUCCAUGUUAAAGAGGGAGAGUUCUUCUUCACACUUCAGUCUGUGAAAGCACUCCAAGAGCUUAGUGAGAGUAGCAUGACGAAGGAUCAAAACCCCCGCCUGGCCAAGACAAGCAUGGCCUCCAUGUGCUCCAAUCCCACCUUGCCCCAGGAGUUUGUGCCCCUGUGCCAACAAAAAGGGGCCUCUUUGUCCCUCGCCAGACUAGCGGCAGUGCCAAUGGACGUCUGCGAGAUCUGCGCUUACGCGGCCUGCGCCGGCUGUUAA